AUAAAAAAAAGUUAUUGACUACGCGUUUUAUUCUUCACCAAACACUCCAAUCUCUAUAACUUUCAGUUUAUAUAUAUGCAGAUGAUCUAAAUAACCACGACCGAGAGAAAAGAAAAAAAGGUUCAUAGGUUUCCACCAUAGAAAGAAAGAUGGAGGUCAAACCAAAAGCCUUAGAGUCAAGGAAGAUAGCAACAAAAGCUGAGGAUGAGAAGAAGACAAAGGAAGAUGAUGUGAUGAAUAGUAAUGGUCAAGAGAUUACUAUUAUUAAAGGGCAUCUCAAAAUCAUAGAGGGUUUAAGACAAGCUAAGACAAGAGAUGAUCAAUCUUCAACGAACUCGAGAUCAUCAUCAUCUUCAUAUAUGAUGAAUAUCAAGAUGGGAAAUUGUGAGUUUUUCAUUUCAGAUAAAAAUUCCAUUCAAAGAUCAGAAAUCACAAAUUAUAUGGAAACUCAACACAAGAAUAAGACGGUGAUGGAGAAUCUGAAACAAAAUGAAGAAGAGAUUAAUGUUCAUAAGAUGAAGAACAAGAAGGUAUGGGAUUGCGAAAGCACACUCUAUGACUCGUUCGAGCUCAACUCGUUCAAUCGACAACUCGACUCAGCCAUCUCCUCCUCCGCUAGAUCGAUGUCCAUGCCCCACCUUCCUCCUCUUCCACAGCCAGAAACGACGUCGUCGUCGAAAAAGAAACAAUCAUCGAACAAGAUCUCAGGCACUCUACAGAAACUCAUAAAGUCAAUCUUCAGACAGAAAAAGUCAAACACUCCCUUUAAGGCAUGUCACGGCGUUGAUAUGGACAAAUACUACGUCGUUUUUGACAAGACCGGAUCGCUCACGACGAUUCCCGAGUCGGGCGAGUCGACAGAACUGGUUGGCUCAGCGAUCAACUCGCUUGAUAGAAAAACUAUGUCCGACCGAUUCCCGCCGAGUCGACUCGUUGGUUCAAAGCUGAUGGUCACAUGAGCCAAUCUCUGGACAAAGCUGCAAUUUAUGGUUUCUACAUUGACAUGUUGAGUUUCCUGGGAUCCCUACAGAUUGUAUGACUCUGCGCUACCAUGAAUGCGAGACAAAGCCUCUCAUAUUUUUCUUCCAAAUCUUUUGUAAGAGGUACAUGUCAGCCUGGGCUUUCGGGUAUCCGGUUCGGUUCCGGGUAGGAACCGAACGGUUCCGGGUAUUUCGGUUCUUAAGGUUUGGGAUCCAAAUAGGAACUGAAUUAAAUUCGGUUCGGUUCUGGUUCGGUACCUAUCGGUUCCGGAUCGGUUCGGGUAUUGAAGGAUAAGAACCGAAAAAAACCGAAAAAUUUCGGUUCUCAAAAAAUUAUUCGGGUAUUCCAUACCCGAAAUCACAAAAAAUAACCGAAAUCUUAAAAAAAAAACCGAAAUCUAAAAAGAAAUAAACCAAAAUCAAAACUUUUUCUUUUCAACUGACCAAAAAAAUGAAAUCCGAAUAAGAAAUCCCUAAAUCGAUUCAUUAACAAAGAAGAAACGGAAACAGACUCAUUAACAGCGCAAAAGUUAGCACCCAGACAUGGACUCAUUAACAAAGUAGAAGUGGAAACAGAAAACCCCAAUCGAUUUUAUAUAUAAAAAUCCUAAAUUGAUUUUCAAAGUAAGACUCUCUAUCAGUCAAGACUAAUUUGUAGUGAAAAACGAAAAAGAGAGAGAGAGAGAAAAUGAAGUCAAUUUCAAAUAUAAACAGAGAGAAACAGAAAACCCCAAAUUUCAGAUUUGAAAACCAUAAACUAUAUUUCUAUGAAAAGGAGAUGGAGAAGAAGCCUGCGAAAACAAGUGAGAGUUAUUUCUAUUUUUUUUUAAUUUUGUGUAUAUGGUGGAUAAUUGGACCACAAUGAGAAUUGGAAAAAAAAAUUAAUGAGUUCCUUAUUAUAUGUAUAAGCCCAAACGUCAUAAAAAUAUAAAAGCCCAAGAUCUACUUAUUAAAAAAACAAAAAUAACAUGUCAUUUUAGUCUUGGAAAAAUGUAACAGCGAUUAAUUAAAGGGCCUCAAUUGAAGAGCCCAUUAAAACAAUUUCAAAGCCUCUCUCUCUCCAUCACCGUCCCCUUUCUCCUUUCUCUCACAGUCUAUUUCGUAACAAUGGCGAAGAGUUCAUCUCCAGUUAUCCAAAGAAACAUAUUAUUUCGGAUAUCCGGUUCGAUAUUUCGGUUCUCGGGUAAUAUCCGGAACCAAACCGAUAUUCAUGGAUCCAAGAUUUAAGAUCCAAUGGGUAUUUAUGCAAGAACCGAAACCGAAUCGAACCAGUGAUUUCGGGUCGGUUCCGGUUCGGUUUUUCGGUUCCAAUUUUUUAUGCCCAGGGCUAGGUACAUGUAUAUAACCAACUGUCUUUAACAUUAAAAAACCAGAAAUCAAACCGAAAAAGAGAAAUACACGUACCAGUUUUCCUUAUUAAUCUUUAACUUAAAAAAAAAAAAUCAUGUGUUGCACAAAAAAAAAAAAUCAUGCAGAGAAAAGAAAAAGUUGAAAAGGUUUAGAACUUCAUCCACAGAGCAAGCUUUGUUAGGUUUGCAUCAACCAUUUGUUGGCCGUUUGGAGAGCAUCGUCUACUCUGCCGGCCUUGACAUACACGUCCAUCAUUGCUCUGUAUGUGAAGACAUCAACGAACAAAAAUCUAUGAGACAUCCCCUGCUCGCAACACCUUGUAAUCACAUUAUUAUAGUCUUUAAAGAAGACCCCACUUUUGCUUUCACCUUGUAGAAUGUCUCGAUUCCUUCCCUAAAACGACCCUCCUUGAAACACUCUCUCACCAUUAUAUAAAUGGUCUCAAAGAAGGUGGCACGACACUACACUUAAGCUUUCAUGUCUCUACUUGGCUUGCAAGUUAGUAAUCACAUUGUGUUACCAGUGAUUGUGUUUGUUAGUCACUUUGUCUUUACCAACAACUUUUUUGUUCUCUAGGCAAAGGAACCUUUUGUUUCUUCUAAUUGACUUUGCAAACUGCCGUUGAGUUAGUUUUGACGAUGUCAUUGUUCUCAUUC